AUGUCCAUGGACGGAGGUGGCAUUGGCCUGCCCGACAGGGUGUGGGAGAACAAGUACAGUGAACGGAGAACCGAGAGAGUCUACCAGGAUGAAGAUCCUCGAGAAGGGGGCACUCGAAACAUUUUCCCCAACGGCGUCAGGUUAAUCGAGUAUCUCGAGCGGGAUGACAUCGCAGGUCUGAGCAAUGCGUUCUUGGCCGUGCUGAGGAAUUGUCUCGAAGCACCCUCUGAACUCAACGACGCACAUUUGCGAGCUUUCCUCACCACAGCAAAGAGCGAGGACUUGAAAUCACCGACAAAGCGUCCAGAUUCAGCGCCUUGUACCAUUAUGAUUGAUGAUAGGCGCGAUCCCGAGGUGAGGCCAUCAACAAUGCGACGGUGGGAUGGAGGAUAUACGGAGUAUCCUCCCGAGGGUUGUGAUAUCUGGCCAGAGGAGCAGAGGGAUCUUUCCCUUUUGGAAUUGGUGGCGCGGCUGAAGGAAAAUCGCCAUGAGAAACGAGCUGAGAAACGUACAAUGUAA